AGUCACACAUAAAACCAUCACAAAGUUUUUGUUACCUACCUAUAGCUACAAAGCCACUAUGAAAUUAGUAGCACUUAUUUUCUCUCUUUCUACAAUAAUCAUAUCAUUAGCAACACCAUCAUCAUGCCAUAGCUUAGCAUUAGAGCAUGGAUUAACCUUUUCAAUAUUCCCUCUAAGAUUAAAAUCAGGGUUAGGGGGUCACUACAUUCCUGAAACAUCAUGCUCAAGUUGGAGGCUUGGUGUUGAAGCACACAACAUCAUUGAAUGGACAUCAAUUCCUAAAGAAUGUGUAGAUUAUGUUGGAAACUAUCUUUUAGGAAAGCAAUAUAGAGAAGACUCAAAAGCAGUUACUGAAGAAGCUUAUAAAUAUGCUAAGAACCUCAAUCUUAUUGGUGAUGGUAAAGAUAUUUGGAUUUUUGACAUUGAUGAAACUUCACUCUCUAAUCUCCCUUAUUAUGCUGACCAUGGAUUUGGGGUAGAAAAAUAUAACGCAACGUCAUUCAAUGAAUGGGUUGAUCUUGGAACCGCACCUCCACUUCCAGAGAGUCUUAAACUCUACAAAAGAUUGUUGCGUCUUGGAUUUAAGGUUGUGUUCUUAACUGGAAGGCCACAGUCCCAAAGAGAUAUUACUCUUAGGAACCUCAAAAAUGCUGGCUACACCAUUUUUCACACUUUGAUUGUCAA